CUGACGCCUGCGAACAUAGAUAGGCGCGGGGGCCGCCGUCGAUUCCCCUUGAGGUCCACGAUCCUGACAUCGCCUGUCCAGUGCAUCCCGAGUGCACGUCCGCCAGCAACCUCGCUCGAUUCCACUGAGUGUGACAGGCCAUUUGGUGCAAGCAAGAUGGCGGCGUUAAGAUGGCAGAAGAGAUUGUACGCGGCAAUGCUAGCUACACUUCUGGCUGCGACACAGGAGGCUCAAGCUGCGGUCACAAAUUCAUCCGCCACAGCGACCUCGCGGGCACCACUGCCCACUGGAGGCUCCGGACAUGACAAACCCUGCGAGAUUGCGGCCGGGUCAGUGAUGAUCUGGGAUUGGAGAUCUCCCGUCACAGCGGGGACUGUGACACACACGAUCGUGCCGCACAUCACAGCGUACCCAAAUGGAAGCUCUGUAACCAAUAACCAGACAGUCAUGACGACUUUACCCACCACUGUCAGCACCAACAGCACAAUGGUUGUCAGUGGCUUCACAAUGACAUACCCGUCGAUAUGGGCUCAAUACUCCUACAUCGCCUUCUCAGACUGUGCGGUCAGCACCAGCACAGAGACACGGGGAGGAUACACAGUAACAUCAACCGAUACCGCUGCGGAACCGUCCUGGACCAGCACCACAACGAUGUCUGAGGAUCUGCAAAGGUUCACCAUUCAGAGCGGAAUCCACUUCAAAAUGCCGGCUACAGUGGACCCUGCGCGGUUCUUUUAUCGAGCUGAGGGCUGGGACUACGACGACAACAACCCUUCCACGGUCACAGCGCCGCUGCUCGAGUACUUGAACAGCCUGGAGACGGUACGCGAGCAGGCGGAGGGCCAAGAUCUGAGUACGUGUAUCUUCGCGAGUUGUGCACCCACGGCCGUCGGGCACAGUAUGGUGUCAGCCACCGUAUUAGUGGAAUCGACCACAGUCGGUCCGGCCGUGUACUACAACGCUCCUACUGAGGACCCAGUCCCAGCGCUGCCGAUCAGCACACCCAAGACGACCUCGCCCACGACACAACCGCCACCGCCACCGGCUUCGACGUCCGGAAAUGAGCUACCCACCGGAAGUGAGCCACCCACCGAGCAGCAGUCACCACCAUUGCAGGCGCCCGACAGCCCCGAGGUGCGACCUCCGAACCAGGGCUCGGUGAGCUCGGUGAGCUCGGUGGAGGUUGUCAUUAUUUCUACAGGGGGCUCAGGGGAUGUGGCAGUGCCGGAGACGACCUUCGUCCGCACGACGACCCUUGACGGUCAAGCGCAGGAACAGACUGUAGUCUCACCAGCGCCAGUCGCCAACUCACCACCGGGAGAGGUAACCCUUAUACGGGAGGUCACCUCGAAUGGGCAGACACUCACGGAGACUGUCAUUUCUGUUUCUGCUCCUCCACCCACCAAAGUGUCAGAAGAGACUAUCGUGACAAUAGUCACUGGGGCCAAUGGGGCCGAAUCAACCCUGACCUUGGUUUCCGUCGCGCCCGACGUCGCCCCUCGGCCGUCCGAGGUGACGCUUGUCACAACGGCGACAGUGGACGGAAACCCGACGGUUCAGACCAUCGUCUCCCUCGCUGGCGCAAACCAAGGCGGCAACGACUCAGAAGGAGGGGUCACCGCGGGGCCCGGUGGCCAAGCCCUGGCGACAACAACCAGGACUAUCGUCUCCAAUGGGCAGACUUAUGUGCAGACCAUUAUCUCACCUGUGGAGACCGCCAGCUCGCCUGAGGAGACCACAUUUGUCAGGACGUCCACCUCGGGGGGUACGACACUAGUGCAGACCGUUGUAUCACGACUUGGUGGCGGUGCUGAUGGCGACGAAAAUGGCGUGGGCUCGACGCCAUCGGCCACAGGUGAUGCGGCGAGCUCGGAUUAUACCGGACCUGCUGUAUCGAACGGGGGAUUCAGACUCGAUGGUUCAGGGAAGGGCUUGGCGGGUUCGGUUGCGAUCAUUGCAGUUGGACUCAUCCUCGACUUGUAG